AUGGAGACCUCAAAAGGGAUAAGGAGUUCCAAUUCCUAUAUUCCAUCAAAGGGUCAGUCGACUAAACAAGGGAGUUCGAAGUUGGAGAGCAUGUUUGAAAAUGUGCUAGCCAACCAAGACAAAGCAGAUAGAAUAUUGAAGGGGCUGGCAGAAAUGGUGAUAAAUCUCGAGCCAGUUGGUGAAGAAGAAGAGAAAAAAUUUGAUGUGCCAACAAUUGUUGGUGAGGUCCAGACAGAAAUUCCUAUUGUUAAGCAGAGGUUGACAAAGAAGACUGAAGAUGCUAAGUGUCAGAGAUUCUAUGAUCAGCUGAAGCAAUUAUCGAUGAACAUUCCGUUUCUUGAUGUUGUCAAAGAGAUGCCAGGAUUUGCAAAGUACUUAAAAGAUUUGCUGACAAUGAAGAGGUCUGUGAAGAAUGACACUCAUGAAUUUGCUCGAGCUUUAUGUGAUAAUGGGGCUAGAAUAAACCUCAUGCCUCUUGCUAUCUAUAAGCAAUCCAAUUUGGGAAUGCCUAGACCUACCACCAUGCGAUUGCAGAUGGCUGAUAGAUCUAUUAAAAGGCCAGGUGGAGCUGUGGAUAACGUGCCUGUUAGGGUUGGUAAAUUCUUGUUGCCUGCUGACUUUGUGAUCCUCGAUUGUGAUGUUGAUAGGGAGAUUCCUAUUAUCUUGGGGAGACCUUUCCUUGGUACGGUAAGGGCUCUUAUGGAUUCUAAGAAGAACGAAAUCAAAUUCUGA